UUUUAUUUUGCACCUCUACCCCACACACUCUCUCUGCAACACUCGUAACAGUUUAGAGAUUCCAUUAUUGUUUGUGCUUUUCAUAAUUUUGUUGAUAGAAAUUGAUUAGACCCAAAUUUGGGGGUUUUGCUUGGGGAGUACGCUUCCUUUUAGUAUACAACUAAUUGUUCUGCUUGACUUGUUCCUCAUUUAAAAUAGGCUUGAAUUUGUGCAAACAAUGUGUUUGUUGAAAUGUCACAAAGAGUUUGACUAUGUUUAUUUUGAUCUAGAAUGUUUCUAAUGAUUUGAACAUGCUUGCAUGUAGAUAUUAUUUAUUGAGAAUGCAUGAUUUUGUGUUUUGUUGAGUAAAAGUUCAUACGAAUAGGCUUUACUUUAUGGUGGUUAAAGUAUUGAGAGGUUAGUAAAUGUAAUUCCAAAUCAUAGGUCCUGAUGCUAUAAAUGUUAGUAAGUAAUCUUAGAUAUGGUAUCGAGUAUAGCCUUGAAAUUGAUGAUAACAAAGUCACACUUUGCUUAUCUGUUUAUGUCUCUUCACGUCUAAAAUAUUGUGCAUGUUUGAAUUUGCACUGAGUUUGGCAGAAUCACAAUGAGCUACCGUGAUUUUGAAAAGCUACACUUUAGAGCUUCAACAAAAUCACGGUACCAUCAUGAUUUUGGCAAAUUCAUUGUGAUAACAAACAUAGUGAUGUCUUCUAUUGCCUAUGAAUACUCGUGUUUGUCCCUUACAUGAUACAUUUCAAAAGCAUAACAUAGUAGUUUUUAGCAUUCAGUUCUUCAUAGAGAAGAUAUAGCUAAUAAUGGUGUACAUAAAUCCAUGCAAACCAAUGGAUUUAAUAAUCAAACAAUCCAAAUCCAAAAAAGAAAAUGGAUUUGUUGAAAAAAAAUUCUGUAAAUAUACAGUUUUAAGUUAUGGUUUUGGCUUGUAUCCAGAUAUUUUGUGCAUCCCUAAAUCAUAGAGUAGUCUUAUUUCCAUGUGCUCAUAUUCAAUCUCUUUGGUCAUUUUGUAGCUGCAGUGCAAGGAAAGUACAGAGACGUCAGCGAAAUUUAGUUGCAGCUAUGUGGGGUGGUUCUUGUCCUAUUUCCAUGUCUCCUCCAACUGAAAAGUACGACGUGUUUCUCAGUUUCAGAGGAGAGGAUACUCGUGACAACUUCAUUAGUCAUCUUUCUGCAGAAUUAUGCAGGAAAAAUAUCAAAACCUUCAUAGAUUACAGGUUAGACAGAGGGAAAGAGAUUUCACCGGCACUGUACAGAGAAAUAGAACAAUCAAUGAUUUACGUCAUCAUUUUAUCCGAGCAUUAUGCUUCUUCCACAUGGUGUAUGGAUGAACUCACAAAGAUACUCGAGUGCAAACAAAUAUAUGGAAGGGAUGUGAUACCGGUCUUCUACAAGGUGGAUCCAUCAAAUGUUAGGAAUCAAAGAGAGAGUUUUGAGGAAGCUUUUAUUGAGCAUCAACAGCGAUUUAGGGACAAAGUGGAUACAUGGAAGGAUGCUCUAACUCAAGUAGCUGGACUGUCAGGAUGGGAUUCACAAGUAACCGGUCCAGAACAUACACUUGUUACCGACAUUGUGGAAGAAAUUUUGAAGAAAAAAAAGAAUCGUCAUCGUUUCCUAAGCAACUGUGAAGGAACAAUCGGAAUGGACAAACAUAUUGAACAAAUCAAAUCUUUGUUGCACCUUGAAUCACCAGCUGUUCGGAUCAUAGGAAUUUGGGGUAUGGGAGGAAUAGGCAAAACCGAAAUUGCCCGUGCAAUAUAUCACAGGUUUGCAACUCAAUUCAAUUCUAGCAGCAUGAUACUAAAUGUUGAACAAGAAAUAAAAAGAGUUGGACUAUCCAAUAUACAUAACAAGUAUAUAUCAGAACUUCUAGAGGAAGACAAACUUUCUUCUAAAUUACAGUGCUCAUAUGUUCAGAGGCUUCGACAAACAAAGGUUCUCCUUGUUCUUGAUGAUGUGAACACUUCAAAUUUAACUAUAAAGCAUUCUAACUUUGGCCAGGGUAGUAGAAUCAUUAUGACUAGUAGAGACAAACAUGUGCUUAAGAAUGCCAUUUCAGAUGAAAUAUACGAAGUCAAGGAGAUGUGUUUUCAAGAUUCAGUACAACUCUUCAGUUUAAAUGCCUUUAAACAAAACUAUCCUAUAAAAGCUUAUGUAGACUUAUCAGAAAAGCUUGUAUUAAACCAUGCUAAAAGGGUUCCACUAGUUCUCAAGAAUUUGGGGUUAUUGCUUCAUGGUAGAACAAGGGAUGCAUGGGAAAGUGAAUUGCAAAAGUUGCAAGAGUUUCCUGAUGAGGAUACUUUUAAAGUGUUGAAAUUAAGUUAUGACUCGCUUGAUGACCGACAGAAGAAUAUGUUUCUUGACAUCGCUUGCUUCUAUACUGGACAUUUGGUGAAUGAUGUUGCACGAACACUAGAUAGUUGUGGUUUCUCUGCUGACAUUGGAAUGGAUGUUCUUAAAGAUAAAGGUCUUAUAUUUAUUUCGGAAGGUAGAAUUGGGAUGCAUUAUUUAAUACAGAAAAUGGGACAUGAAAUUGUUCGUUGGGAGUGUGUUGAUGAUCCUAGAAACCGUACUCGAUUGUGGAAUCCUGAGGAAAUUUAUCAUGUUUUAAAAAACAAGGGAACAAAUGCAAUCCGGUGUAUAUUCCUGGACGUAUGCAAAAUAAAUAAGGUUCAAGUACAUGGUAAAACGUUCAAAAAGAUGAGUAAUCUUCGAAUAAUUCAGUUUUAUAAGCCUUCUGGCUUUUGGAAUGACGACUCUAAUGUGAUCCUGCCCGAAUCUCUUAAAAGCCUUCCUCAUACAUUAGUAUUUCUCCGUUGGGAUAACUUCUCUCUAAAAUCUUUGCCGUUGAAGUUUUGCCCUAAAAACCUAGUUAAACUUGAUAUGCGUGGAAGCAAUCUUGAGCAACUUUGGGAAGGAGAUCAGGAUCAGGUUUUGCCAAAAUUGAAAAGGCUUGAUCUAAGUUAUUCUCGUAAGCUUACUCGAGUUCCUGAUUUAUCACUAUGUCCAAAUAUUGAACAAAUCAUUCUCAGUGGGUGUGUAAGAUUGGUUGACAUUUACUCCUCGAGUUUCCUCAACAAGCUCAACUUUUUAUGUUUACAUGAUUGUGUUGAGCUUAGGAGUUUGAAUCUUCGAAGGGAUGGUCUAUCAAGAUCUUCUGGAUUAGUUGUUCUGUAUGGCUGUGUCAGGCUUGAACUGGUGGUUCUUGUUGAAAGUUUAUAUUUUCUAUUCUAAUAUAGGAUUAAUCUAAUAACAGUUAGUUUAGCAAUUUAUAGUUACGGGGCUCGAUCUGAUUUGUGCUUAUGGAGAAUAUGUCAAUGUUGGUCAAUAAUAGGAAUCAUAAUGCAUUAACACACUCAUAAUGGUUAUGGUUUCCAAUGUACAAAAUCACAAGUUAUUUUCCCCGGCACACAAAAGAUGUCUCGUUAUCUUCAAUGUUGGAACAAAUUAAAUUAAAUUCUUGGAAUUGGCUACGCUCAGAGACUCCCGGUUUUAGUUACUCAAUUUCAAAUUCGAUGUUAAAUCCAUUGGCUUGUUUGGGAUUUAGAGCGUGAAGUUGAGGGUCUCAAAUAUUUCUGGAUGUUUUUACUUGUUGCUUCGACAUUUGGAUGAAAUUCAUCUUGAUCCAUGGGACAAGCACUUGAUCUUUUACUGGAGGUAGGGGCAGUAUUACGGCUUUUUCAUCAGUGGCAUAUGUUAGAGCUGUUAUGUUUUUCUGCAGCAGGUGCAAGCCUGGAUACUGGUUUUGCAAUAAGUUGCAUAAAGUGACUAUGUCUUUGAGGCAGGUUUAAGGAUGCUAGAGAUAGGAGUUUGUAUCAAAAGCUUGAGACUAUGGAUUUUUGAAGUAGUUUUAUCUUAUAACAUACGAAGUAGGAAUGCUAAAGGGUGGUGUGUUGUGUGACAGAAUUAGAAGGCUAUUAACAAUUUUUGUAGAAUGAGUGUAGAUGACAACUGAAAAUGGAAAUUAGAUUCGGGUAAAGGGUACUCAAUUUGCUACGCAUGUGCUUUUUUUGUUGUUUUGGUUCCUUUCUUGUAAUGUUGGUUGUAUCAUACAUUGAGUCCUAACCUAGCAUUCUUUGUGCGGGUUUUGAGCUCCUUUCGAUUAGCAGACUUACGUUUUA